AUGUCGGUGGCAACCCCUCAUGCCACGAACAUAUCCGAUAUUACUACUUCAUUACCAUUCAACAACACUACGUCACACAUGGGUGGACUGCCGGGUAAUAGUAAGUCGAGUGGUGUCCUCUUGGCGAUCUUUCUGAGCGUGCUGGCACUCCUGGGAAUCAUCCUGACAGCUAUUGGGUGUACAUAUAUGUACCGCUCGAAACGAUUGUCUCGAAUAUGUGAUUACUGGAAUAGACAGCGCAGGCGCCGAUUAUCUUCCGCGAGUAGCCAACAUGCUCUUGAUUAUGAUGGUACAUCUAUCGACGUUCCCGGACACAGGAGAGAGGCCAACUUAUUUUCGAUCGAUGACGAAGAGCCAAAUCGAGAAAAUGACGACGGAUACUUUUAUGAUGAAGUGUUUGAGAGGUCGGCGUUUGUCGAUGCUAAAACAAAUGCAGCUUUAAAAGAACUUUACGUGAACCCGGAGGACGAACUUCCAGACCUAAGCUUAAGAGAACCAAGAUAUUGA